UGAAGCGGGGGGGAGGAGGAGGAGGGAGCUGCCGGCUGGGUGGGUGAACGCCGCACUGACGUCGAUGCUGAAUGAGAUCGUCUCUGUGCUUCCCGAAUGUCUUAGCGAAGUUAAACGGGAGAGAAAGGAAAGUUUAAAGACAGAACGACUGGUGGGAUAGCCGCCCGUGCAUGUGUUUCUUGUCGGUCAGGUCCAUGGGCAUUCAUGGCUUGUAACUUGUGGCAGCCGGAACGUUGUUAUUAAAGCGAGAGCGAGAGAGAGGGAGAAACAGGCAGAGAGAGGCGCCAUUUUGUUCCUUUUUAAAAAGAACUCUCCUCGCCCCAGUUAUUACCAGCCAGUGCGAGGGAGCGACAGAUUAUGGCGAAGAAAACCUACGAUUUACUCUUCAAGCUGCUGCUGAUUGGGGAUUCGGGCGUGGGAAAGACCUGCGUGCUUUUCAGGUUUUCCGAUGACGCCUUUAACACCACUUUUAUCUCUACUAUAGGAAUUGAUUUUAAAAUCAAAACAGUGGAACUACAUGGAAAGAAGAUCAAAUUGCAGAUAUGGGACACAGCAGGUCAAGAGCGAUUUCACACCAUUACCACUUCCUACUACCGGGGAGCAAUGGGAAUCAUGCUAGUCUAUGACAUUACAAAUGCAAAAAGCUUUGAAAACAUCAGUAAAUGGCUGAGGAACAUAGAUGAGCAUGCAAAUGAAGAUGUAGAGAGGAUGUUACUAGGCAACAAAUGUGACAUGGAAGACAAACGAGUCGUGGCGAAAUCUAAAGGGGAGCAGAUUGCCAGAGAACAUGCAAUUAGGUUUUUUGAGACGAGUGCAAAAGCUAAUAUCAACAUUGAAAAAGCAUUCCUCACAUUAGCAGAAGACAUACUUCAAAAGACUCCUGUAAAGGAACCUGACAGGGAAAAUGUAGAUAUCAGCACUACAGGUGGUGGAACAGGAUUGAAGAAAUGCUGUAGCUGAACGAUCCCUGUGGAAAUGUACUUUCUGCAUUCUAUCUAAAAUGUCCUUUCCCAUUAAAACAAAAAUCUCAUUAACCUUAGUUCUUGCAUCUUGCCUGCUUCACACACGACUUUGAAAACCUGUAUAGAAUCAUGUCUGUGACUGACUGUCUCAUUUUAAAUGUAUGUGCUCGACUCACUACAUUUGGUUGUAUUAUAGUUAAAUUCAUUAUCAAAGUAACAAUGGUUUCAACUCAUCAAAUUGUAUAAGAAUAAAAGUUAGAAUUAACAAAUUUUGUACAACAGUGGAAUUUUCUCUUAUGUAUAAUGUACUUUUUAAUUUGUACAUUUGUGCAAAAAAAAGUGAAAUUCGAGACACGUAGACUGCUUUCCUUUGUAGGAGGGAUUUGAUUUUGUCUUGUGCCUUAUUUGAAAACAGGCGUAACAGAAUGACUGCUGAGGCAGAAGACUAGUUCUCACUUGGCUCUUUUACUAUAUACUUCAAUACAAAUCCAUUAUAGCUGCCAAUGUCUAAGCAAUAUUUUAUUUUGGUGUUGAACUCCACUAUUUCUUGAUCAAUAUUUCCUAUAUGUGUACUCUUCAUUGUUACCAUAUUCCAUCAAAAAAUAAUGCACGUCAUGCUGCACUUUUACAGUGUAAUACUCCUAUAAGUGUUUUCUGUAAUUAUGGGCCACUGAUAAAAACCAGGAUAACUGUACUUUGGUAAUAAGGCAAUGGAUAACAUGUUGAUGACUUGAUAGUUCUGCAGCCUGAAACAUGUUCUCUUUCUACCAAUAAUGAAGCAUCACGUUUUCCAAGCAAUCCAGGUCUCCUUUUGGAACCAGUUUAUUGACUAUUGAAAACUUCUUGGUUCAGUUUGAUGGCCUGCACCAGUAGCUAAAUGGGACUUUUUCCAGUCACUUGAGUGACUUUUUUAUCCUCCUCCAGUUGUCCCUUUGCAUUUCUCUUUGGGUGGUGGUUUGUAAAGAGAUUUUCUUGGGAGUGUUGAAAUUGGUGUAGUUCUAUGAUACUUCUAAAAGGCUGCUUUGCAUUAAAAAUGGAUGAGCAAGUUUGCAUCAUUACUGAUUAAAUAAUGCAGUAAAAUAAUAUUUCAGACAGUGUCUGUGUUGCUGGAUUGGCCAAUGUAUUUCAAAGUUUGGAACUGAGGGGUCGUGGGGCUCUGUGUUCCUUGUAUUUAGCACAGCCCUUCGGUUGUGCAAAGUGCUUUCACCCUUUUUAAUCCUGCACUGAACAUAAGGGAAUAUACAAAGUAACCAAUGUAAUCAGUUUUUUGUUUACACUGGGCUCUUGCCUAAUAUAGUGGUGCUUAGCCUUUAUGUACAGUUCUUUGGGAUCAUUUGUAAGCCAUGUGACAACCAACAUAAUUGAAUAAAUUUCAUUAGCAGUCCAUUCCA